GGCACCGCUCCCGUUGGAUGCAGCGGCGGAGCUGCGAGAGAGACUGAACGGUGAUCUGAAGUGCAGAGCGGCGGCGGCAGCCAUUUUAGAGCUACCGCACUAAUACCAGAUAUACAUCUUCUGGAUAUUUUUAUAACACUUAGCGAUAUCUGAUUUUAUCGGACGAGAGGAGACAGAGUUACAUUGUUUCAAGCUUUAAGUGUCUCUGUUACAAAGACGGGAUGCGGAUCGGUGGCGUAAAACCUUUCGCGUCUGCAGUCGGUCUGCUCUUGGGACUAUUAUGCGCGGUGGAGGCGGCUAAAGUAAAUAAGCACAAGCCAUGGAUUGAGACCACGUAUCAUGGUAUCGUGACAGAGAAUGACGACAAGGUUCUCUUGGAUCCUCCACUGAUAGCCUUGGAUAAAGACGCCCCACUGCGCUAUGCAGAGAGUUUUGAGGUGACCUUCACCAAAGAAGGGGAGAUCUGUGGCUUUAGGAUUCACGGGCAGAAUGUUCCGUUCGAGGCGGUGGUGCUGGAUAAGUCCACUGGAGAAGGAGUGAUCCGGGCCAAGGACAAACUGGACUGUGAGCUGCAGAAGGAGCACACCUUCACCAUUCAGGCGUAUGACUGUGGAGAGGGACCAGAUGGAGCCAACAUGAAGAAGUCUCACAAGGCCACCGUUCACAUCCAAGUAAAUGACGUGAACGAGUACUCUCCAGUGUUUAAAGAGAAGUCCUACAAAGCCACAGUAAUCGAGGGCAAAAAGUAUGACAGCAUCUUGAAGGUGGAGGCCGUGGAUGCCGACUGCUCGUUCCAGUUCAGUCAGAUCUGCAGCUAUGAGAUCGUCACCCCCGAUGUGCCAUUUACUAUCGACAAGGAUGGCAACAUCAAGAACACAGAGAAGUUAAACUACAGCAAAGAGCGCAUGUACAAACUGACCGUGACUGCGUAUGACUGCGGGAAAAACCGCGCUUCCGAGGACGUCCUUGUCAAAGUCAACAUCAAGCCAACCUGCAAACCGAGCUGGCAAGGAUUUAAUAAAAGGAUUGAAUAUGAGCCUGGCACAGGAAGUCUUGCCCUGUUUCCCAGUAUGCACCUGGAGACCUGCGAGGAGCCAAUAACCUCCAUUCAGGCCACCAUUAUGUUGGAGACGAAUCACAUCGGCAAGGGCUGCGACAGAGACACAUACUCCGAAAAGUCCCUGCACAAGCUCUGUGGUGCCAGCGCUGGCACCGUGGAGCUGCUGCCCGCUCCCAGCAACUCUGCCAACUGGACCAUUGGCUUGCCCACUGACAACGGGCAUGACAGCGACCAAGUGUUUGAGUUCAACGGCACCCAGGCCACAAAGGUCCCUGAGGGUGUGGUGAGCACCAGCCUGAAGGAGCCCUUCACCAUCUCAGUGUGGAUGAGACAUGGACCUGGAGGCAGGGAGAAAGAAACCAUCCUCUGCAAUUCUGACAAAACCGAGAUGAACAGGCACCACUAUUCUCUUUAUGUACACAACUGUCGUCUGGUGGUGCUGUUGCGUCAGGAACCCAUUGAAUCUGAGAACUACAAACCUGCAGAAUUCCACUGGAAACUUGACCAAGUGUGUGAUAAAGAAUGGCAUCACUACGUGUUGAACAUCGAGUUCCCGGCAGUGACUUUGUUUGUGGAUGGUGCCACCUUUGAGCCUUUCCUGGUCACGGAGGAUUACCCUCUGCAUGCUUCCACGAUCGAAACCCAGCUCACCAUCGGCGCCUGCUGGCAAGACCUCUCAGGACAUGACAAUGAUACAGAGCCCUUGACAGGUGGCAGCGCCCGCAUGAGUCAGUUCUUCCGUGGCAACCUGGCCGGACUCAUGAUCCGUUCUGGAAAACUGGAGAACAAGAAGGUCAUCGACUGCCUCUACACCUGUAAGGAAGGUCUGGAUGUGCAGCUUCCAGAAGAAGUGGCCUCAGCCGUGAAGGUGGAGUUUAACCCUAAUCAGUCUUCUCUGAGCCUGGAGGGAGAUGACAUUGAGAGCUUUGAGAAGGUCAUGCAGCACAUCUCUUACCUAAACUCCCGGCAGUUCCCCACGCCAGGCAUCCGCCAUCUGCGCGUCGCCACCACAGUCAAGUGCUUCAAUGAGGAGACGUGCAUCUCCGUGCCCGACGCUGAAGGUUACGUGAUGGUUCUCCAGCCAGAGGAGCCAAAGAUCAGCCUCAGCGGAAUUGACCAUUUUGCCCGCGGGGCGGCCGAGUUUGAGAGCACAGAGGGUGUCGCGCUGUUCCCCGAGCUGAGAAUCGUCAGCACCAUCACCCGCGAGGUCGAGGUGGAAGCUGAGACGGAGGCUGAGGGAGAGGAUGAUCCUACGGUGCAAGAGACUGUAGUGUCUGAGGAAAUCAUGCAUAACCUGGAUACCUGUGAGGUGACUGUGGUUGGAGAUGAUCUGAACGGAGAUCACGAGAGCUUGGAGGUGGAUCUGGCCCAGAUCCAGCAGAGAGGUCUGGAGAUGAGCUCUUCCAACGUGGGCAUGAUCAUCACCGGUGUUAACACUAUGGCAAACUAUGAACAGGUGCUGCACCUGAUUCGCUACAGGAACUGGCACACUGAGGCUCUGUUUGACAGGAAGUUCAAACUGGUCUGCUCGGAGCUCAACGGCCGUUACAUCAGCAAUGAAUUUAAAGUGGAGGUCAACGUGAUCCACACAGCAAAUCCCAUGGAUCAUGCUAACAACGCUAUGGUACAACCUCAGUUCAUCAACCAGGUCCAGCAUGCUUCAGCGGACCUGUCAGGACACAACCUGGUCAACACCCAUCAGGCCUCAGUCGUCCCCAGCGCCGCAACCAUUGUUAUCGUGGUGUGCGUGAGCUUCCUGGUGUUCAUGAUAAUUCUGGGUGUGUUCCGCAUCCGCGCUGCACAUCAGAGCACCAUGAGGGACCAGGAGAACGGAAAAGAAAAUGAGAUGGACUGGGAUGACUCGGCACUCACCAUCACCGUCAACCCCAUGGAGACUUAUGAGGACCAGCACAGCAGUGAGGAAGAUGCAGAUGAGGAUGAGGACGAGGACGAGAGCGAGGAUGGCGAGGAAGAAGAUGACAUCACCAGCGCAGAGUCAGGCAGUAGUGAGGAUGAGGCCGGAGAGCCUGAAGACCAGCAGAGCUCCAGCAGACAGCAGCAGCUGGAAUGGGACGACUCCACCCUCCCCUACUGAAACACGCACACAACACCCGAAACGCACACGAAUACACACACAAACACUCUCGCACAGUCACACCCCUCUGUCAAUAGGGACGCCCAUGUUCCCCUUUCAGCCCCUACCUACAGAGCCAUGCGGAACUAAAUGAAAUACUUAUACAAUGUAUGUACAAUAUAGAUGCGAAUAUAUCUGGUGUCUGUCGUGACAGGUGUUGCAGCUUCUUUUCCACAGGCCGAGGCUUCCCUACUGUCAUCUUAUCGUGGUGGUAUUCUGUGUAGCAUAGUUCUCACAAGAUAUCUCAAGUUUGUAAUUUAUUUAACCUUCUGUCCUGUCCAUGGGAAACCUGGCCUAGAUUUGCAUUUCUUCAGAGCCGUGUAAGGACACACAUCCCCGCACUUUUGUUUUGACGUUCUGCUAUAUGGAAUCGAGAAUGAUUUGAUGUAUUAUCCUCGCACAUGAUUUUAAUGAUCUGCCGGAUCUAGAGGAAAUCGCAUUCUUCUGUCACUUUCGUUCUCCUCUCUUUAUAUUGCAUGGCAAGAUUUGCUAUCAUGGGUAUGAAAGAAUACAAUUGCUUUUUGAUAUUUUGUAAAUACGACCAUGUAAUUAGUCAAUGUGUUAGUGAAAGCCUAUCCAGCGGUUUCCGGUAUAUAAAACCACACUGUAACGUUACCUGCUGUAGAAUAUUUAUGUCCGAGAUGCUUUUCGCAUGUUUCGAAACAUUCAGUGAAACUCUUCCGUCUUGCUCGUAUGGGACGUUCGCUUCACAGAGAGAGAAACCCAUGACAGGCUGAGGUUUCUGUGACAGAUUUUAUUCGUCUUUCCUCUCGGAGGUGGAUGUGCGUGUUAUUUUUGGUUUUUAUUUAGCAGCGUGGGAUGGGCGUGGAAUUGGUUCAGUGCUUGGGCUACAUGUACGCUAAUUUUAGCUGAGCUUUCAAUGGCACAAAUGCUGUGCGAGUGAUGGCCCACUGGGCACAGACGUUUAUGUUUUGGGGACUAAUAAUCACAUUCAGGUGAUAAAUAUACCGUUGUCUAUUGCGUGGUACUGUAUGUUGUACAUUUUAGGCACACUGCGAUUAUUUAAGCCAUUCUGAAGUGAUAGUGCUUGUAUUUUCUGUAAUACAUAAAGACCAAUUGGAAUCACGGAAUGCACUCGUACUUUUCGACUGAAUUGACAUGGGAUGUGCUAGCGAUGAUCAAAAGCAUUGUUAGAUGUGUGAUGUAUUUAACAGACCUCUGUUAAUACACAUUUUAGCUUGGGAUGGUCAGAUAUAUGAACUGAAAUGGGGGGAUUUUUUAUUUUUAUUUAGGAUUUUAUUUUUCUAUUUUUUGAUUUGUAAAUUUAGGAUUAACCCUGUGUUGUGUUGAUGUUUAGCUAGUUGUUAUUUCAAAGCCCCUAAAAGUCUUUUAAGCAUUUUAAAGGGCUAACCCUUAUUCUAUCACAGCGAAUUGAAGAAUUGCAUUUCAGCUUACUGGUUGAGCAUUACUGUUAAAAAAAUAGAUCGAUUUUAUUGUACAUGGAACUGUACUGUAGAGUUAUGUAAGAUAUUUGUUUACAUUGGUGAACUUUUAUUCUAUUUUGGUGAUGGUAUGUUCUCCAGAUUUGCAUUUCUCUAUGUAGUUGUUUCAUUCUCUUACUGCGAUUGGAUUUUUUUGGAUGCGCAAACCCCCAGAAAAUGGCCAUUUUCCCCCCGAAAUAGCCAGAAAUUUAUUGUAAAACCAGAGAGACACUUUUGAAUAUAUGUAGUUCCCAGUGGGCUUAAAAAGAAUGUUAAGAAUUUAGGAGAAUGUUUAGUAAAGAAAGAAGUGAAGCUUUAGGGUUUUUUAUUCAGACUGUUUUUUGUUCACAUGCAUGAAUUUUCUCCUAAACUGAAAGGCUUUGUUGUGAUUGGUACAAAUAUAAUUUUUAUGCUGUCAGAAAAGGUACAAUGUGGGGAGUCGUCGAGAAGGUCUGUUUUUGUGACCGAUGAAAUGGCAGUGGGAGAUUUAUUCAGAAACGUUGGCCCUUUCUUUUUUUAAUCCUAUAUGAAUUCAUUUUUGUUACACGUUUAGGUCAACAGGUUCCCCUUCAUAAAUCCAGGUGGAGUUAGGAGUGCCUUUUGCUACAGAACAUGAAUAACAGAACUAACAUUCAUCCAUGCCAGUUGUUGCAAUUCUCUCAUUUUAUAAUGAUUUAAUAUUAGAUUUCUUACAUGUACAGGGAUGCGAUUUUUUUUUCUUUUAAUCUAAUUUCAUGUUAUAGGGGUCAACAGCUAGUUUUAUCAAAAGUGGACGUUUUAAUUGUCCAACAUAGAUGUCUUGUGUUCAUGUUGAUGUGUAGCUUGAAUAGGUCCAUACUGUAUCAUCGAUGAAUAUUGUACUAAAUCAUGUUUGACAAAAUCCACUUCUAAAAAGAUGUACUUUAUUGAAAUUGUUAGGCAGCAUACGUGGGUACGAGUUGAACAGUUUGUGUAUAGUGACAGGUGACGUGUAUAUCCUGAUAAAGAUGAUGAGGGCAGCAUGAGAUUCUUAAAACAUUUCUCACAAUUAUACUAGUCACACACAAUGUUUGUUUUCAUACUUUAUUCAAUCAUUUUGUUUAAAAACUAUACGAUCAAUGCAGAUCAUUCCAUGAGACCAAAAUUUGGUAUAAUCAAUGUUUGUACUGAAAAUCGCACAAUUCUUUGUCUACCCCCUUUUCCCCUCCUAAUACAAAUAUUCCAUCUGCAGGGGAAACCGUGUUUAAUGGAUUUCAAACUAUGUGAUUUUGUCAUGGUCAUGACAAUUUUAAGAUGCUGACGCAGAAAUGUUCCCAAAUAAAAUGAUCUGCUCAGUCUGAACAGAUGUGGUGGGGAUUUAAAGGGGCAUCGCCUUUGCAUGUGUAUCAGAUAUAAAUAUUUUCUGUAAACGACACAUGGAGCUGUGGGUUUGGGUCAGGACCGAUUAUACUACUGAAGCAAAGAUGAGCUGUCACAUAUUUGCAGCUUUCAAUGGUCACAUUUUGAAUUCUUUCUUUUGCUCUAGAAAUGAGAAUGACGUAGAAUUGUUGGAUGCUGCCCUCAAGCUCAUUCACUUUUCUGAUAUUCUGAGGAAAAUUAUAGUGAAGUCGAUGCUUGUUAAUGAACAAAAUAAAGGAUAUUGAGAUGGGAAAAUGUUUUGGAAUACAGACU